CCAUCUUGAAACUGGUCACAGGAGAGGGAAACGUUGAGGAUACUGCACGCUUGGGAAAAUGCUGUACUGCCGUUCUUGUCCUUGAUACACUCAUGACUUGACAGCAGCGUGUUGUCAAAACUUAUUCGCUGUUGAUUUCAUGUGCGUUUCCCAACGACGUGUCUGAUAACAUUUUGGUUGCUCCAAAGCUGCAAUUGGAUACGAUUUUUACAGGCACUGGUUGCCAGCUUUUACGGUGUGCACAACUAGCUCGUAAAAGCCAACUGACAGAACACAUUGCAAUCCAUUGGGAAGGGGAAAUACAAUGUUUCUGUUUGGAAUUGGAUUAUGCGCUAGCAUAACGUUAACCUUACAUUUUGGAAGGUGAAGACAGCGUCGUGAGGACCAAGAAAUGAGAUGUAUCAAAUAUAACGUUAGUCCACGAAAUGUGGUGUAUUUAAACGUCUUUCUUAUCUAGCUAGCAGACGUUAGAUCAUUUACGAUAUCUAGAAAACUACGUAAUUUUAAACUACCUGAAGCUAGCUAUCCAGCUAAGAUUGCGGGUUAAUCAGAUAUGUUCAAUGAUAUUGUUGCUAAUUUGACUGCUUAUCAUAUUUACCUGGUUUCGUCUAACUAGGUAAAUUAACAAGAUUGAAUGUAAAGAAAGCGAACAUUAAUGUUAAACACAGUGGUAUAGUUGCCUAGUAUUAUUGCUAGCAACUAGUGCUGUAAGGUGCUACGGAUAGUUAGACCAACCUGCAACAAGUCAGUCAUUAGCUAUGGUUUUAACCAUUUUGUAGCCUCUAGUUAGCUACACAAGUAUCACCUCUUCCAUAUUUUUGGACAUAAUUCUUCAGGACCUUCAACUGUGUAACGUAGUAGCAAGCCUUGUGGCUGGCCAGUGGAUAUUUUGGAGUGGGUCUUCUCAACAAACACCUGUCAACUGGAAAGUCCGUGUUAAUACCACACUAUGUUGACAAUACUAGCUUGCAAACUAGCUGGCUAGUUACAUUUGUCUUUUUUUUUGCACAGACCUUCACAACACACAGUGGAGGAGCAAACCUUUGCAGCUGUGUGUUGUUUAUUUCCCGGAAAUAAAAGGAUUUCAAUUGGAUUGAAAAUGGGAGCUGCUAGUGAGCUGGCGUUUGCUGUUUUUCUCAUCUCGUUUUCCUCAGGUGCAAUCCUGGGUCGCUCGGAGACACAGGAGUGCGUUUACUACAACUCUAGCUGGGAGAAGGAGCGAACCAACCGCAGUGGCAUCGAGCCUUGCUACGGAGAUAAGGACAAGAGGCUCCACUGCUUCGCCACCUGGAAAAACACCUCGGGAACUAUCGAGAUCGUCAAGCAGGGCUGCUGGCUGGACGAUGUUAACUGCUAUGACAGUGAAUGUGUGGAGACGAAAGAGAGUCCGGACGUCUUCUUUUGCUGCUGCGAAGGCAACAUGUGUAACGACAAGUUCCUCUACAGCCCCGACACGCAGGCUGUCCAAAGUAAGUCGUCAUCGACCUCCAACCCGUUUUCCCAGAAGCCUCAGUUGUUCAACACCCUGCUGUACUCUCUGGUGCCCAUUAUGGGCAUCGCUGCCAUCGUCCUCUUCUCCUUCUGGAUGUACCGUCAUCACAAGCUGGCAUACCCCCCCGUCCUGGUGCCAACACAGGACCCACUGGGGCCACACACCCCUCCCUCUCCCAUCAUGGGGCAGAAGCCAUUGCAGUUGAUCGAGAUCAAAGCCAGGGGGCGCUUCGGCUGUGUGUGGAAGGCUCAACUCCUCAAUGACUACGUGGCUGUCAAGGUCUUCCCCAUUCAGGACAAGCUGUCAUGGCAGAACGAGUAUGAGAUCUACAGCCUGACUGGGAUGAAACACGAGAACCUGCUCCACUUUAUCGGUGUGGAGAAGAGAGGCAACAACAUGGACAUAGACCUCUGGCUCAUAACAGCCUAUCACGACAACGGCUCUCUGACUGAUUACCUGAAGGCCAACGUGGUGUCAUGGAACGAGCUGUGCCACAUCUCCCAGACCUUGGCCCGUGGCCUGGCCUAUCUCCACGAGGACAUCCCUGGGCUGAAGGACGGACACAAGCCCGCCGUCGCACACAGGGACAUGAAGAGCAAGAAUGUGCUUCUGAAGAACAACCUGACAGCCUGCAUAGCGGACUUCGGCCUGGCCCUGAAGUUUGAAGCUGGGAAGUCAGCAGGAGACACCCACGGCCAGGUGGGCACGAGGCGCUACAUGGCCCCUGAGGUGCUGGAGGGGGCCAUCAACUUCCAGAGAGACUCCUUCCUGAGGAUAGACAUGUACGCCAUGGGGCUGGUGCUGUGGGAGCUGACCGCUCGCUGCACCGCUGCAGACGGUCCUGUGGAUGAGUACACACUGCCCUUCGAGGAGGAGGUCGGCCAGCACCCGUCUCUAGAGGACAUGCAGGAGGUGGUGGUCCACAAGAAGCUACGGCCCUGCCUCAGAGAGUGCUGGCAGAAACACAUAGGCCUUGUGAUGCUGUGUGAGACCAUCGAGGAGUGCUGGGAUCACGAGGCCGAGGCGAGGCUCUCGGCAGGCUGCGUGGAGGAACGCAUCAUCCAGAUGCAACGCCAGACCAACAUCAUCGCCCCCGAGGAGAUUGUCACCGUCGUCACCAUGGUGACCAACGUGGACUUCCCUCCCAAAGAGUCCAGCCUAUGAAUGGACGAACAUUGACUGGACGUGUCAGGUGGUGGACAUGGAGCUAUUUUGAUUGGAUGUUUUCAGGUAUACAUUGAUCAACCAGAGUGGCCCGUUCAGGAUCAUGAACUCUGGAUGAUCCCGGGUUAAACUCUGACCCCUGACCCCCUCAGAUGGGUGUGCUGGCGUGGUGUUGUUUUAGUGCUGUGCGCUACACUACUGUCAUUCAGGAAAUACCUGGCUGUGCCCAACAACACUGGUUUGGUUUCAACCCACUUCAUAGUAUCAUGAUGUGUUGGACUCCCAUAGCGAGCCUCAAACUGUCAAAACGAAUCCUUCAAAAGAACACUAGGUCGUAACAAAACCCUGUGAGCUGGGCAAAAGGGAUAUUUUAUAUAUGAAGAAAACACUAGGACCUCCUAACAGACUUCUGUUCUAUUUUCUAAGAAAAAGAAGAGGAAGAGUAUGGACUCUACAAGACGAAGUCUCACAGCUCAGAAAAGAAAAGGGCAACUUGUUUUAAAAUUCCUUUGCUGUUUUCUUUCUGUGUUUAUAUGAUAAUGAUAAUGACAAUUGUAAUGCCAAUAAGAAACAGCUUCUGAAUGUCACGUGUACUGCUGCUGUACAUAAUAUCAAAACAAUGGUAAUCAAGGUUUAUUUUAGGGGGGGGGGGAUCCAUUUCCAAGCAUUACUACUUCGAAAGCAAAACCAUAGACCUCCCUCAAGUCAACACGGUAUACCUCAGUUCCAUCUUCAUUACAACACUACAACCAUAGAAGUAGAACUACUAUUGUUUCUAGUUCUGCUAAUUCUAUUUCUAUGAUUACAACAAUCUCUGUAAACUAUUCAGAUGACAUCAUUACUUUGGUAUUAUUGAACUAUAUACUGUACAGCUGUGGCAGGUGAAAAUAUAAUAAUUAUCACCACAGUUUUUAAAACUAGUCUGCGGAGAGAUGUAUGACCAUGCAUUUACGCGAGCCUUCUUGUUUUUCUUUGCGAGAAUUCUUUUUGAGCAUUAUUUUGUCCUUCCUUGCUGUUUUAAUUUGUUUUUAUUGUAAACAUUUUAAUCCUACAUUUUAAGAGUAUUUCAAUAACCCCCUAAGUCAUUGAAAAUGAUAUAAUUUUUUUAAAACACUUAUUUUGGC